UGUUUUGCUUUCCAUUUCCAGCGUCGGCUUCGGCGAGCGGUGCGCGCGGAGUUCGCACUUGCAGCGCGACCGUCAUCAUGAUGCCUGCUGAACUGUCAGAUUUUAUCCUGAAGACUCUGUGUCAACACCAAGGAUGUCUCGAUUACAAGCAGCUUUGUCUCGCGGUGCGGCGGAGCAACGCCAACGGUGCUACGGAUGAGAUCCUUCGCAGUGUUUUGAAUGACAGCACUAGAUUUGUCAUGGCUCGAGCGAAGAGCGGAAAGGUUUUGGGUUCGGAGCCCAGUCCGGACACCGCCGUCAUCGUAGCCAAAACGGCGCUGCGAGUGUGUCCGAGUCUCGAGGAAGACUGCGACUCCUGUAGCGAUCUUCACCUCUGCAGGUAUUUUGUCAACGGAGGCUGCAAAUACAAGAACAAGUGCAAACACACCCAUGACCUGGACUCGUACCAUAACACAGUGCUCUUGAAAAGAGAUGGUCUCUUGGACCUGGACAAGGUGGAGCUCUUCCAGCUGCUGCUGCAGAAUGACACCAGCCUGCUGCCUAAUAUUUGUUCGUAUUACAACGCUGGCAAAGGAGUCCACGGGAGCUGCAAUUUCAAAAACGAAUGCAAGAAACUCCAUAUCUGCAAGCACUUCUUCCAAGACAGCUGCAAGUUUGGUGCGACGUGCACACGGUCCCACACAUUCGACGACAGAGCGAAGGAAAUCCUGAAAGGCUGGGGUCUCAGUGCGGAGAACCAGCUCAUCUUGCAGAAGAUCUACAGGAACAGGUUUAUUAUCUCCAGAAGUGUGGAGAAAUCAGAUGAGACCAACCAGACAGAGGCAGUGGGAGAUUCUUCAGCAUCUGUCAAACCCAUAAAUGAGGCCAGCAAGGACAUUUGCCUGUUUUUUCUUCAGGGCAAGUGCCGCUUCGACGCAACAUGCCGCUCCGUGCACUGCCCUUUGCCUUACAAAUGGGAAAAGUUAGACAGCAAUGGCAUGACCUGGAAGGAUGUUCCCAAUGAGGAAGAUGUGGAGAUGGCCUACUGCAACCCAGAAAAUGACUCAAGCACGGAGUCUCCACCCGUGAAUUUCCUCACCAUGAUGUGCGAGUCCGCUAAAGUGCGCCGGCUCUCCACUCCAUCUUCGGUGAAGAUGCUCUCCCCCUUCCCGCUGGCCACCGAGUGGAUCUGGUACCGGAAGAAUGACAACGGGAGGUGGAUCGAGUUGGAGACUGAGCAGGUGAAGAAGUCGAUCCCUUCAGCAACAUCUGAGAUGGUGGAGAAGCUUUAUUUAGGGAACGUCAACGGCAGCGUCCCCAUCAGUGUUGGAAAUAAGACGUGCACUCUGAACUGUAGAGCCCGUGUCUGCGCUGCUGUCUUAGAUAUGUACCUGCGGAGCGACGAAGACGAGGCCAAAGUGGCGUUGAGAAGGAGACCGCGAAGGAGAAACUGAACAGUUCCUGAUCCGGCACAAAGACCCCGGGCCGGAGUGGGAUUCGCUUUAAGCCCCGGGUGCUGCGCACUGAAGACCAGCCCUUCCUCGGCUAUACUGCCGACUGAACAACGAAGCACUAACUAAUGUGGCUGUCGUGCCACCGUACGCUAAUCAAAUAGGCUGUAGCCUGUGCCAAAUUAAAUAAUGAUGUAUCAACAGCAAACUAAUUAAUACCUGUGAAAAUGAACUCGUUGCAAACCGCUUUGAUCUGUGAAAAUAAUGACCUGAAAUUACACGUGGUCUUAGCUCACGGUGUCGCUUUCUUAGGAAUAUCUUGGCAAAUAAAACCUUUUCCCACACUAAGACAUAUAUAAUCGCCUUAGCGGGUCAAGCUCCCUCAGCUUGUUUGCCUCCUCAUCGUCGACAAGAGCGUGAAUGUUUGCAAGCGCUCCCGGGUGCGAGAACUCCUUAUUCUGUUCUUUGCACACCUGUGCAGACAAACAGCACUACUAAACUAAUAGAAAUGAACGCAAACUUGAGAACUGCCUGCAAUUCUUUUUUUUUUUUUUUUUUUUUGAAAUUAUG